AUGUUGAGCAAUGGCGGACAAACUGUUUCUGUUAAGCUGUUCAUCGACAAGGAGAAGAAGAGGGUUCUCUUUGCAGAAUCUGACAAGGAUUUCGUUGACAUCCUCUUCAGUUUCCUUACUCUGCCUCUCGGCGCCAUCGCUCGUCUCUUCAAGAAGCAAUCGCAGAUGGGAUGCCUUGAUGAGCUUUACAAGAGCGUGGAUGCUCUGGGGGCAGAGCACUUCCAGACCACGGUUUGCAAAACAAUGCUUCUUAGUCCUGUUAAUGCUGCCGCGUUUCAUUGCGAUCGACUUAAAGUCAAAGUCGACGAUGCCAAUAGAAGAGUAUUUUACGUAAGCACAAGCAAAAACUGUAUGAACUUCAGCCCAGUCGCUGGUGGUUGUUGCAGUUGUGGCAACUGGUCAUGCCAAAGCUUCUGGGAAUGUCCACAGGACGUUCUUGUAACUGUUGAAGGCAAUGGUGACGGGUUAUUCGUGAAAGGUGGACUGAAGUACAUUGUCACGGAUGAUCUCCAAGUGAGUCCAGCCUCUACAAGUCUUGUGUUUUCCCUGUUCGAUAGGUUUGGGCUCCAAGAGCAAGCCAAGAUUGAGGAGACAAUUCUUCAUCUCAAUGCCAACAAGAUCACGAGCCUGCUUAAGAGAGCACUGAUGUCCAAGCAAGCUUUGACUUGGCUAUGUUUUGAAGUUUCUGCGGCCUCACCAGGUGCUGUAAAUAUAGAUAAGCAGCUCGGUAAGAAACAAGCUAAUGAGACACCGUCUAUGUUCACUGCAAUCAAGAUUAAACUGGUGCAUACAAAGGAUGAAUCCUGCGUGCUGUAUGCCGAAGUUGGAGAAGACUUUGUUGAUAUGAUCUUUGGCCUCCUUUGCUUUCCACUGGGUUCUGUCACCAAGACUUUUGGUCAAAUGCCUCCUAAUGGGUGUAUUAGUACUCUGUAUGCGAGUGUCGAUGGGAGCGCAAGGGGUUGCGUGAAACAUGAGUGCCGACACAUGCUCGUUAGCCCUCAGUUGGCACCCUUCUUCGGUUGCAGCAAAAACAUACUGCAAGCAGAUGAGCUACCACCAAGAAGCCUGGCUUUCGGCUGCUUGAGGUGCCUUCGUAUCACAGCCACUACUGAAAAACCAUGCAACUGCAUAUUGCAGCCGCACCUCGCACGUAAGCCAACAUACGGAACUAUCAACGAGAUUAACCCAAAGUCAGAAUACCCAAGAGCAUAUAUCAAAGGAGGCCCAAGAAACUUCCUUGUGACCAACGAUCUGCGUGUCAUUCAUUUCUCCUUGACAAACACUCUACAAAUCUUGCGUGAAGCCAGGAUUCCCAAGGAGAAGCUUGUGGAGAAAGAAAUAGCACUCAACAAAACCCAGGUCCUGAAAUUAGUGAGAGUUGCACUGGUCACUCGCGAUGCUCUUGGGAGCGUGCUCUUACCUUCCAAGGAGUAG